UAAGCAUUGGAGCCAUCUGGGGAUGUGCCGUUCCUUACUUUGGUGCUCAGGCGGCAACAAAUAUAAUAAGCAAAAUGGAACCAAAGUUUCUAAUAGUGGUUGACCGCCAUCUUGAUGGUGGAAAAGAAUAUAAUAUCCUUGAUCACCUGGAAUUUAUGGUGGAUGGAACACCUUCACUAGAAAAAGUAAUUAUAGUGCCUAGUAGACGUGAAACUUUAUCAAUGGAUAUCUCCCAUAUCAGAAAUAGUUGUUUCAUCGACAAUUUCUUAGAAACUGGAAAACUUCAGGAUGGUUCAGUUCCUCCAUUAGUUUUCGAACAACUACCCUCCAGUCAUCCUGUUUUCUUGUCAUUUACAUCUGGUACGACAGGCAUUGUCAAAGGGGUGGUGCAUUCAGCAAAG